CCUGCAGGACCAGGACCAGAACCAGGACCAGGACCUCAAGAGAACCAUCAGCUGCCCCAGAGAGCCAUCAGCUGCCCCGGACCUCCAGACGAGUCAUGAAGCUGCUCCUCCUGCUGGCAGUUGCUGCCAGCCAGAUGGAGCUCUCUGCCUCUGUAAGGGUCACUAUGAAUGCUCCAGGUGGAAACAUCGACAUCAGCACCCUGCCCAUCACUUUCUAUGGAAAAACCUACACAUGGGUACACGUGAAGAUGGCCAAUAAGGUUGAAGUUUGUUUCAAAAAUGACCCAACUGAGGACGGCAUUGACUGUAUGAUGACCAACGACGGGGUGGCUUCAGACAAUCUGGAAUACAACAUAAGAAUAAGCACAUUGAACCCUCGCCCACAAUUUGUUAACAUCAAAACCCAGUCACUGGGUUACCUGUAUUUAAGGUUCAAAAGUGGUGCUACAAGUGUUAUGGCUUGGGCAUUCUACAAUCAUGGUUUACAAACUGGUCUUCGUUUCUUUCAUUAUCGUGGCCAUCCGUUUUCUGCUAGUUUAGACAUUUCUACAAAUGUCGGUGGCACGGUGAUGGAUACCUGGAAGCCUCGUUCAGGAAGAUCUACUUUUCGAGACCUGAGUGGAUGCAGAGGCUCAGGUGGCGCUGUAAUGCCGGGUAUAGAGAUGCCCUACUUAGGGCCCUGCUCUUCUGGAGUCUGUUCUCUGUCUGCAGUCCUCUCUACUGUCACAUGUGGGCCCGCGGAGGUUUGCCAAGCGGACAACACGAGGCGGCACAGCUUAGCUAUGGGCCUAUCGAUAAUGGAGGUUUUCGUCUGGAGCUUCACGGCAGGAGGUAUUCCUGUGUCCAUCUAUGCCAGAACAGAUCCGCCAUGUACUGGACCUGCUUCCAGCGGCACCUGGCAUAGAGGUCAGAUCUCUGAAACCUUCCCGGAGAGGUAG